AUGUGGCAUGUGCUCUGGCCGUUCCUGGUGCUGCGCGUGCUGCGCGCUCGCUGCCACUCCCACGGCUCGGGACAGUGGAUGGUGGGGCAGAAGCCGGUGCUGCGCGUGAGUGAUGCCAACCUGGGCUGGCGGAUGCACAUGGAGUCGCAGCCGGAAGCCAUCAGGUUUUUUCUGCAGGCGGUGAACAAGUAUGUGGGCGACCCCCUCUAUCAGGCCAAUUCCUGGCUCAAUGAACAGGGUGGCAAGGCAUGCGUCUACUCCGGCUGCGCCAUCUCUUUGGGCCGCGGCUCCUGCGACCGAGCGCAGCUCUUCGACACGCUGGCAAAGGCCCUGGCGAUCCUCGCGCGGGCGCAGGAGCUGUUGGAACCAGACUUCCGGGAGGUCUGCCGGCGCCUGGGCGACUUCCAUCGGAGCCGGCACCUGGGUUUGGGGGAGCCCCUCACAGUGGCCACGACGGCGCUGGGGGCAGCGAUCGAGAGCUUGCAACGGAUGCAUGAGAAGCUCCUGAGCCUGGAUGGUGGCCCAUGUUUGACAGCUAUGGGGCAGGUCCUCUAUACCAACGUGGAGAUCUCACGCAUUGGCCUGGAGAAGACCUCCCAGAUCGAUCACCAGGUCACCAUCGAAGCCGCCCAAGCAGAAGAGCUGCCUCAUGGUGUUCUGCACCGGCUGGAGCUUGGACUGCACCACAACGACAUCGUCUCGGAGCUCCUCCGGCGGCUGCUGCCGGAAGUCCAACAGACAGGGCGCCAGGAGCUUUAUAUGGUGGAGGUGGGCACGGCCUCAGCGGCCUUUACUGUCCACCUCCUCCAAGCGGUGCCGCAAGCGCAGGUCAUCACUAUUGAUCCUUGGAUGGAGGAGAACAACCGCAGUUCCCGCGGCCGAGCAGGCAGCCGUGGCCUCGGCGGCCCGACGCCGCGGUCCAGCUUGGCGCGCCACGCGUUGGAGCCGUGGAACGAUCGGGUCGCGGUCUUGCAGAUGACCGGGGAGAAAGCUGCCAAGCUCUUGGCGGAUUCUACCUUCGACCUGGUCUUCGUUGACUCAGGCGAUCACCGGGAGGCCGAUGUCUUGGCCUUCCUCCCCAAGGUGCGUCCAGGAGGCAUUCUUUGUGGCCAUGAUUUCUACAAGACUGCGGCCUACACUCGCACAGUGCUGGCAAGUGUUCCACAGGGCAAAUUCUUGGAAGUAGGUCCUGACUGGAUGUGGUGGUUCAAGGUCUGGCUGUACCAGUACGACAUCUCCAACGGCUUGGCGGCCUGGGCCGCACCGGUGGCCAUGUUCCAGUCCGUCGAGGGCAUUUGGCACACUGGAAUCGUGGUCUUUGGCAAAGAGUACUGGUACGGGGGGCAAUGCUUCGAAAGCAAGCCAGAAACCACCCCUUUUGGAGUGCCGAAGAAGAGAAGCUAUUUGGGUGCCUGGAUCCCCAGAGAGGAUGAGGUCAUCAGACACAUUGCCAUGGCCAGAGCCUGCUCGCCACAGAAGGUGCUCAUUUGUGGGAUUUCAGGCCUUUGUGCAGCAGCAACGCUCUUGCUGGUCCUGGGCUCCGCGCUCACUCGCUACAGAUAUAGUGAGCCAUGCGAGCUCGGUACCGCGGGCGACUCGCAGGCGUUGUUUGACUACAUGUCCUUCUACAGCUGCUCGGAGCUCUUGCCAGGAGCUGUGAAGGUGUGCUUCCUGCUGCUUUGGCUCGCCCUGCUGAUCAGCAUGCUGGCCAGCACGGCCGACGACUACUUCGUGCCACAACUGGAGGCUCUCUCUGAACGGCUCGGCCUCGAGGAGGAUGUGGCUGGUGUGACUUUGUUGGCACUGGGCAAUGGUAUGCCCGAUGUGAUGACCGCAUGCAGCUCAGUCAACAAGGCGAAUGACCUGGCGCUGACAAUGGGAGAGUUCUUGGGUGCGGCCAACUUUAUCAUCGUCUUUGUCUUUGCCUGUGUGCUGUUGGCCUCCCCGGGGGCCACCAGUGUCGAUGCCUGGCCAUUCUUGCGCGAUUCAUCCAUGUAUUUGCUGGUGGUCUUCUUUAUGGUUUUUGUGACAUGGGACGGCCAGAUCAGUCUCGUAGAGUCGCUCGCCUUUUUUGCGCUCUAUGGCGUCUACCUGCUGGUGGUCUUACUUCCAUCCCGGCUGAGCCCACGCACAUCGAGCACUGAGGACAUCGAACUGGAGGAGCCCAACAGCCCCUCAGACAGCUUCCAGCCUUUGGCCUCGGAGUCCGAAGCAGAAGAUGUGGGUGGAUUGCAGGUGAGUGAGCCAAUGGCGCUAGCCGGACUACAAGCCAAAGGGAACUUGAGUCUGGUCUUGACGACCAUGGAGCUACCAUUUACCCUGGCAAGGCACGUGUGCAUUCCGUCGGCCGCCUGGAACGGGCCGCGGAGGGUCUUGGCGGCGCUGUGCCCCACCUGCGGGAGCCUCUUCAUGAUCCUCUCCUUUGGCGGCUGGGAGGCCUUUGCUGUUCCCAACGGUGCUGGGGGCGUUGGAGUGCCUGGCUGGGCGGUGUGUGGCUUGGUGGGGAUGUUACUGGGUGUGGCCGUGCUGCGCUUCUCCACACCAGCGCGCAUGCCGCGCUGGCAUCUUGCACUGCUCCUCUGGGCCAUGUGCUCGGCGGUGAGUUGGUUCAACUUCCUGGCCAACGAAUGUGUGGCCGUGCUGGAGGCUUUUGGCCUGAACCUGGGCAUCUCCUCCUCAGUGCUGGGCAUCACGGUAUUGGCCUGGGGCAACUCCGUUGGAGAUCUGGUGGCAGACACCGCGCUCGUGCGCCAGCGGAGGUCGAAAAUGGCGGUUGCUGGGAUCUAUGGCUCCCCGCUCUUGAGUGAUUUGUUGGGCUUAGGAAUCGCUUUGACCAGUCACACUUGGCAGCACGGAGACCUUCGAUCACAGCUCAGCAAGCAGAACCGGAUCGCCGCAGUCUCCUUGCUCUUGGCCGUCGUGAUGACCAUGGCUGUGUUCGCGGGCUUUCGCUUCCAUGGCCCCCGGCGAUUGGCCUGGGUUCUUUUGGGUCACUAUGCCAUCUUCAUGGUACUCUCAGUGGCUUGUGAAUUGGGCUUCAUCCCAGACGUGCCCUGA